AAAAAUGGAAUCGACAAUGUCAACAUCAAUUCUCACCUCAAAUGGAGGAAGAAGCACUACCAACACUGGUCAUUCCACAACGACAAUCAACUCUACCCCAAGUACAACGGUCUCACCAAGUUCACUGUCUACAUUCCCUCCACUAACUGUGGCAACAACGACUGUAAAUAAUGAAUCAAUACCAACUUCAAAGGCUUUGACGUCAGUGGAAAUCAUCAGCACAAACAAAUUUACAACAGUCAGUCAUUCAACAUCUACCAUUAUUCCCCUUUCAAAUACUACUGUCACUGUGAUAAUAUCACCUACAACUCCUCAGUGUGAGAAGUGCCUGACUGAGUGUAUCGGAGGUACCUGUUCAUUCAAUGCAACACUUGUAGGAUGUCACUGCCACUGCCCCCAUGAUUUUGUCUAUGGAGAUUCCUGCUCUUUUGGAAAUAAUGACACCCCUGCUCAUGUUGAUACCGGAGCAUUACCAACUCGAAAUGCAACUGUGACUUUGGAAAUCGACAUCACUUUUCUUAAGGCUUUUAAUAAUCUAAACUCACCUCAAUCAUUAGAAUUCAUCAAGAAAUUUGAACAGCAGCUUGAAGCCCUAUGCAAAGAAGCAGAUCCACAAACCUUUAAAAGAGUAAAAGUCAUCAAGUUAACACAAGGAAGUGUUGUUGCAGAGAGCGUGGCGGAGUACAUCUAUCCAAACAAUGAAACUCAAAUCCAGUUUGUCAACAAUCAGCUUGUUGGGGUGUUGACUGGUAUCUUGAAUGACUCAAGUAAACUCAUUAAUAUUUCUCAAGCCUUUAAUAAUUCAGCUGUGAAAUUAAAUAAACUCAUCUUCCACACACCUGAGAUAACAAAUAUCACCGAUCUGAAGCCUUUUGUAAACUGCUCUGGGUUUGCUAAUUACACUGCUGAGCUUGUUAAUGGUCAAUGGCAGUGUGCUGGACCUUGCAAAACAAACCCUGAUUAUUGUCAUCAACAUGGUGAAUGUCAAAAUGAAAUUCACAAAGGGCCAAUCUGUAGGAAAAGAAGCAACUCCUACAACAGAAGACUGUCUGCGUUUGAGGAAGAUUUCUUUGACUUCUCUGAUACAGGAGAUCACAACUUGGGACUUGCAGGCACUUACACAUGAGAGGGUUUUGGGCCACAUCUAAAACAAUGUCGCAACAAAACGCCCAGUGCUUUUGAACAUCGACCCUAGAUGAAGGCUACAGACAGACAUUUUGUUUUGAUUCCAAUGGUUUUCUAUGCUAGCAAUAAAGAACAUUACAGAUCAGUAUGAACUACCAACUUUAUAUUGCACAUGAUAUAAUAUACUCGUAAUUUGUUGUUGUGAUAUUUAUGACUUUAUUUAUAUUAAUUGGAAUUCAUUGUAGCCUCUUGUGCCCUUAUAUAAAAACUAACAUGUCAAUUCAGACUCCAGUUAAUUCACACCACACUACAGCCUUUUGUUUUUACCGGAAUUUGUUUUAGUGUUUAAAAUGUUGUCCUCAAAUAUUUGUUUAAAUAUUUUAUUGUAUUUGUUGUCAAUGAGCAAUGCUGCCCUGCAGUAUUGAGAAACAUAAGGUAAAAAAUGUAACAUUUAAAAAACAAUUCUGUCGCUUCCUGAAACUCUUGCCCAGGGGUUGUUUCAGCGCUGUUGUCUUAAGGAACAUGCCGUUACCUCACUGAGUACACUCACAUUUUUGACCUGGUGGCUUUUGCUGUAAGCAUUGUACUGUAUGUCUGUAUUUAUUAAGAAUGCACAAAAUCAUUUAAAAAUUGUAUAAAAUGCUCUGAAUUCAAGUAGAUGUAAAAGGAACCAUGAGUAAACCUACAGUAAUAAAAUAAGAUUUGAACAUUUUCAA